AUGGCUGUCCUUUCGCAGUACGACUGGAUCAUUGCCUUGAUCAGCAUCGCCUUCUGCGGUAGCUCAUUCGGUAAUGGAGCGAACGAUGUAAGCAAUAGCUUUGCGACAUCUGUGGCAGCUCGCAGUCUCACGAUGCCCCAAGUCGGCCUCCUGUCCAUGUGCACCGAGUUCUUCGGCGCCGUGGUUCUCGGCGCCCGUGUCACGGGCACCAUCAAGAACGACAUCAUCGACCUUGACCGCUUCCGCCAGACCCCCUCUACUCUGAUUCUCGCCAUGGGGUGCGCCGAAUUUGCCAGCGCUUUCUGGCUGCUUGCUGCCACCAAGCUGGGCUACCCUGUCUCUACAACCCAGACCAUUGUCGGUGCCCUCGUCGGUGUCGGUAUCGCCGCGCAGGCCCAGGUCUCUUGGUCAUGGAAGGACGGCAGUGUCACCCAGAUCGCCGCUUCCUGGGGCGUUGCCCCCUGCAUCGCCGCCGUCAUCGGUGCCGUUCUAUUUGCGAGUAUCAAGUUCACUGUGCUGGAGCGCGAGAAGUCUUUCGAGAAGGCCAUGAGGGUAAUCCCCUUCUAUCUGGCUUUCACCGCUGCCGUUCUCGCCCUGUUUAUCACUGUCGAGGCCCCUGGUGCUCCAUCUCUUGAGGAGCUUGGUGCCGGUAUCGCCUGCGGUAUCGUGCUUGGUGUCUUCUUCGGCGCCCUCCUCCUCGCCUACGUCUUCUUCGUUCCAUACGUCCACCGAAGACUUGUUAAGGAGGACCCUCGAAUUCGCCUUCGUCACAUCUUCCUCGGCCCUCUUUUGUACAUGGAGAAUCCUCCCAUUUACAUGCCUGCCAAGGGCAACGAAUUCGUCAUCGACUAUUACGCGAGCGCCCAUGACGAGUCCCAGAGCACGAAGAAUGACGAUGUUGAAAAACAGACCAAGUCGGAGGGUAGCAACAAUAAGGACGAGAAGGUCACCGGUAGUGGUAGCAAUAGCCCCGACAGCCCGACCUCUGCUCCCCUGUCUCUUGAAGACGUCGAGCGCGGCAAGAUGGCUCCUGUUGGAGGUGGCGUUGUCCAGCGAUACCAGCGCAAGCCCGAGCCAGAGGAACGCUUCCUCGCACCGACUGCCCACCUCCCCAUACAAAACCCAAAGCGCAUCUGGAGCUUCAUCAAGUACUUCUUUUUGCAGGGUGUUACUCGCGAUUGCGUCACCCAUGCCUCCGACCAGCUCUCCGCGAUUCAUGCCAAGGCUAAGCGUUACGACAAUCGGGUGGAGCAUGUAUUUACAUAUGCUCAGGUUGCUAGCGCUAUGAUGAUGUCAAUCGCUCAUGGAUCUAACGAUGUAGCAAACGCGAUAGGACCUUUUAUUGCUGCGUACCAGGUUUACAUGACGGGUGAGAUCAGAGAGGAUGGCGAAACCCCCAUCUGGAUUCUGGUUGCUGCGGGUUUCCUCCUCGGUGCAGGCUUCUGGUUCAUGGGUCACCACAUCAUGAAGGCCAUGGGCAACAAGAUCACACAGAUGUCUCCUACGAGAGGUUUUGCCAUGGAGCUCGCAGCCGCAAUCACUGUCCUCCUGGCCAGUCGCCUUGGUCUUCCAGUCAGUACCACUCAGUGUCUGACCGGUGCCGUCAUCGGUGUCGCUUUGAUGAAUUUUGACGUCGGCGCUGUCAAUUGGCGCCAGGUCGCUUUCAUCUUCUCUGGAUGGAUCGUCACCCUGCCUUGUGCGGGCCUCAUUGGUGGUCUGCUGAUGGCUAUGUCUCUCAACACUCCUCAGUUCGGCCAGGGUUAA